UUCGCUUUCUCACUUUUCUAUGCAUACCUGCUCGACAAAGAAAACACAAGUACCGUGCAGAAGACCAAGGAAAACAAAGUUGCUCUCUCUCAUCAGCAACUUAUAAACUUAUCUUUUCUCUGGCAACCAUUGGCAUCCCUUACUCUCCUGCUACAGCUGUAGUAGAACCAACCAACAGACCAAACAACCAUCCAGUACCCAUCUAGCUAGCUAGCUUGAUCAGGACGCCCUGGACACACCUACGACAACAACAGAAGCUAGCUAGCAAGCACCAAACCAACAAGACCACCUUAAGAGUUGUUCUGCUCGAAUGUCUUUGCACUGAUCAACCCAUCCACUCCCCAGUACCUACUCCAUUUGGUAGAACCGACCAUGGCGGCUUCAUUCGGCCAUCAUCAGCCACCGCAAAAUCCACCAAGCACAACAAGAACCACCACCAGAGAUGGGUCCCGUGUCAUUCGUGUUCAUGACUCAAAGGAUGGCACCUCCUUCAGACUGGGCAAGUUGGUGGGGCUUCAGGGCAUGAGUUCCACCUCCACCAUCAAAACUCCUCCCAAUGCCAAUGGCACAACUGCCAUUGAAACUACUACAAGAGUCUUUGACAAAAGCUUUCUCUACAAUGCAGUGGCAUCCUUUAUAGCUAGCAAACACUUCAAUGAAAGGAAUGGAUACAUCCUUCCGCACUUGCCAGAGCUGCUCAAAGGAUGUGAUUUCUACUUUGACUACGAAUACAGAGAUGGGCAAUGGUCCGGCAGAGAAGCCACAAAUCAGCUCAUUCAAGCUAUUGAAACUGCAUGGUCUUUUCAACGCCAAACUGCAAACCACUCAAUGCCUCAAGAAUCUGAUAAUCAUACACAAACCACUUUACAACGACAACAACAAAACAACAAAACUUCCAUCCUUCGCCCCUUUCAAGCUGAUGCCCAAGCGCUGGAACCGUUUGCUAUCUACGGGGCAUAUUGGUCAAGUAUUUCCAAAACUGUGGCAACCGUUGCCGGAGGCCUGGAGAUUCCGUACAUUACAGGGGGAAGCACCUCGGCAGAAUUGGAUGGAAUGGACAUGUUUGCAAGGACAGUCGUUACCAAUGAUGUCGAUGCAAGAGCCGCAAUGGUAUACUAUCACUCUCUAGGAGUCACUCAGGUUGCCAUCAUAUUCAUCAAAGACUCUUGGGGCAUCAACUACCAUGCAUCACUCAGCAAAUACGGGGCGCAAUUCGGCGUCAAAGUCAAUUCAUUUGCAUACGAUGUCCACAGCAUUGAAAAGUCCAUUAUUGACCUCAAGAAAAGCCAAUAUAGGUACAUCUUUGCAAUCAUGCAUGACUGGAAACAAGUCAUUCGCAGAGCAUACAAGCACAACAUCAUUGGACGACCGGAAUAUGUAUGGAUUGGAGCCGAAGAGAAAAAGUGGACAGGAAGUGCCUUUCAACUCGACCGAAACACGGAAGAAGACCUGGCAAAGGCUUUGCACGGCGUCGGAACCAUCAAUCUGUACUUUGAACCCAUGCAUCGCUUUAAUGUCGCCAUGGAUGCUUUUGCAUUCGAUAGCGAGCUACAACAAGAGUUUGUUGCAGCUCAAGCCGAUCCGCACAUUUUCGACAACUACACCUUCCCGCAAUAUGACCCCACUGGAUUCACCAAUUCCAUUUUCGAUUCCGUCAUGGCCCUUGGGAUUGCCGCUUGCUCCAUAGACAACAGCAGCAGCGGCAGCAACGACACGGACUUGUUCACCGGAGACGAGUUCCACCAAACACUCCUUCAGACCGAAUUCAAUGGUGUUUCCGGCCACGUGCAGUUUGAUCCAUCGACGGGAACGCGAACAGCAGGUGGACUCAAGCACAGCAUCGAGUAUGUGCUACUGAGCGACGGACGUUCCGAUGAGAAUGCAUUUCGGUUCCAUUCAAAUAUGGUGGCUGUCAUACACGACGACAACAUACUCAACUUUCACCCCUUUGUCUAUCAUGACAACACCACUGUCAGACCUCCAGCUUUGCCACCGAUUGAAGGAGAAGUACUCAACUUGCUUCCACUUUGGGCACAAAUAUAUGGUUACUUGCUGGGUGGCCUAAUCAUGAUGGUUUCCAUUGGAUGGUUCGUCUGGGUAUGCGUAAAACGGUCGGUUUUUAUAGUGCGCGCUUCCCAGCCGUUCUUCCUCUGUCAACUUUGCGUGGGCACCUUCAUCAUGGGCACCGCAACCAUUCCGGCCUCUUUCCCCGGUGCAAGCUUGUCAUUUACACACGACACCUACAAUCCGCUGAAUCAUCUUGGCCACACUCAUCAGGGCGCUGAACAAACUAAAGGAAUGGAUGUCGCUUGCAUGAGCACGCUGUGGCUUGUUGUCGUUGGUUUCACCAUUUCUUUCAGUGCUCUCUCUUCGAAAAUAUGGCGGCUCAGUAUGUUGAUGGAGUUAGGCUCUGCGAUGCGGCACCAUUUAAUCACGGUGAAACAGUCCCUCAAACCGUUCUACAUCAGUAUGAGCGUCAAUGUUGUGCUGCUGCUUUGCAUCACCAUUUUUACACCCUUGCGCUACCAACGUGUACUGGUACAAGGCAACGUCGACAGCUUUGGGAGACCCCUCGAGAGUUAUGGGACUUGUCAGCCUGCGGCGAGUGGGUUUUACUAUUUGCUGGCAGUGAUACUGAUAGCCAAUGUCGCUGGUAUCCUGUAUGUGAUAAGGCAAGCCUACGUGACCCGCGAUCUCCCUGCUGCCUUCAGUGAUGCCACAAGUUUGUCCCUUGCCGUGCUGAGUCUCUUGGAAACCUUGAUUGUGGGCACCCCACUUUUGGUAGUUGUGCAAGGCGAUCCAACAACAUAUUACCUCGUGGCUUCAUCUAUGCUUUGUCUUUGCUGCUUGGGGAUGCUCAUGAUUCUGUUUAUCCCAAAGUACAACAAGCGGCAUUAUAAACAUCGAUUGCAAUCGGUUGUCAAUGCAAUGACUCGGGUCGCAUCUAAUCGAUCUGACCAAUCUGUUCUUUCCAGAACGAGUGGAAACAUCAAUCUGAAUACCGGUGCCCCCAGCAGUCGUCGCAUGAGAGAAUCCUUCAUCCCAAGUUUCAGUGCUAUCAGCCGUGCCGAGGGAAGUGGGCAUCUUUCGUCGUCAGCAACCGGGGUAAUGGCCAUUCGCCGCGAAGAUGGUUCGACGGCAUUGCUCCGAUAGCCGGCCUCCUGUGGGCAUGAAACGUACCGGAACUCGCUGCCGUUGGUUGCCACCAGAACUGCCCGACGAUGUGUCUCAAAUCUCAAGCCAUGUUCCGUUUGGAUGCAUCCAAACCGAUCUCUCUUUCCUUGUCUACGGUUCCCACUGUACAUAGCUAGACCGUAACUUACGAGUUGACCUUGCUAUACCGGUAUGCUUCAACGAGAAGAUAUCCUCGGCAGUGUUACACCACCACCUUUGAGAUAUUGUCGCGCAGAAAAAACGCGACAAUCGCGGCACAAACCAAUGCCAUUUCUGGAAGCGCAGCCCUCGACAACGGCGAACAGACAAUGGAUCUUCACGUUUUGCUCGCCUGCAAUGCUCAGAGCCAGAGACGAGGACUUGUGUGGUUAAGAUCAAGUCCUCCAACCAGUCAGAAGUAGCGCUCCGGACCGUGAACAAGGAGUGCCCUGACGAGCUUCAGACGAGCUCUUCAAGCAGAAGUGAGCGCUUCCCUUUGGCCUCGGGGGCUGUCAGCCAAAGCCCAUGGAAGAACUUGGUUCCUACCGGUACCAGCUGGUACAUGCCCCUGCAGAUGUACAAAAUAGCUACACCGGCUGUCUUUGUCGGAGGGUUGCUACAUAGGUCCUGUAGAGCAAGUACCUUGCUUGUGCUUAUGUAGUCUAUUUUCUACGAAUACAAAGGUUUAGGUGUUUCAUCUUUCAAGUUCCAUGUCUCUUGGCUGCUUCCAAUUGCUCAAGCGCACCAAUGAAGGGCAGCUUUCUUCUCGCGUGCAAGCAGGCAGCUCAAACCUCCUCUAAGACAACCUCCAUUCCAUUUUCGUCCACACAUGAGAUUCCUGCGUCUCUCACACCACGCUGUCCUUUACUCUUGAUUUCGGCAAUGGCUGCCACGAGCUCUCGGUGACUGUCGGCGCGAAGUCUUCGUCUAUUGCAACAGGUGCAGCAGAAGCAGUACUGCUGCAUGGUUUGGCACAAGUGCUGGCAGUCACAGUCUUCAGGGAGAUGGCGGUGGGACUGGUCUUGGAUCAUCAGGCCUCUGCUAUUUCCACGUCCGUUGCCGUUGCCAUUUGCAUUGCCUUGUUCCAAGCCAAAUUCGCUGUUUCCUCUUGGCUCUGUGAUUUGUUCCCACGAGGACGCGUCUCGAAGGCCCGGAUAGCCAGAUCCCGCAACAGCAUUGAUAGCAAUCCACUCGAGAGCAUCUAUCUCAUCACUCGAGCACUCACUUUCACCUUCCUUGGGAGGAAAGGCAACGGCAACGCUAUAUACGCCAGCAUUGACGGUCUUCGAGCUUGCUAAGAUGCCCAAGAGAACGGCAACUCCAAGUUCCGGCACCACAAUUUUUUUGAAUUGAUGGCAAUCAAUAUCUGAGUUUGUGCGAAAGAUCAAGUAAGUUUUAGCUGCAGCUAGUUUGUUUUGUGAGCCAGAAUGUGCUGAAGCAGAUGAAAGAGAUCACUGGCGAUCAGGUCGCUGGUAAUGAAAGUACGGGAAAUGUGAAAUAUUUCAUACUUUCAACCAAACCAAUUACCCCCAAAACGACAAAUCCAAGUUAUGAUUACCCGCAACUCCAAUGAUUAUCGCGACAGAUCCUUCGCAGCUUCAUACCAGUGAGAAUUGGAGCCCAAUCGAACUCACCGUACAGUCAAUGAUCACCUAUUGAUAGUUUCACUGGGCAACGUAUAUCCAGUACGAAUAUAUCGAUCCAUUGCAGUGAGAAGUCUCUCAUUAGUGCCAGCCAGUUACCUACCGGUGCCUAGCUAGAUCGAGUACAGAGGAGUCAUCCAUGAUAAUAUCUUGUUUUCGCCGCCAGCAUCCAUCCUAUUCUAACUGGUUGGAGCCCUAGCUCAGUCAUCAUUUUUUAAUUAAAAGUGUGAAAGUCUCGUGGCAUAACGUAUUUAUUACGGAGUGCAGAAGCCAUAGUGCAAUAGUUGAAUGUAGCAACUGACAGUAAGUCACAGUGAGCGAACUGGAAAGAGCAGAUUCUGAACUGGCAGUACUAGUUUUUUACAGAUCCAUUUCAGUUUCCACCCGAUGCAGCUCGCGAUCCUUCGCUCCUUCAGAUCUCUCUAUCUCUAGAGGUACUGUAGGUAUAGGUUGGCAGGUAGGCGAGUCAGGGUGCAUACUUGGAUUGGCGACAAUGAGACUUGAGACUUGACUUUGUCUCCACAGUCUCAGCAGCUCAACUGGGUUAAUAUAUAGACGCACACCUACUCCAACAAAGAUGGCCUCUGUGGCCGAACCGCAGUCUCAUUUUUUCCAUUUCCUAUUCUGGUCCAUUAUUGUCCAUCUUCAGCCAUCUUUCUAUCUAUAUCCUUCUUCUAUUGAGUGAAGAAGCUAUAUUAACACAGUAGCAUUGUUAUUAAUAAGAGAUGAUUCAAGAAUGGGUGAACUUGGGCAUGUGGUGGCUUCAGUCCAUGCUGAAAGAUUGGUGGGCCUUAUGCUUGUCCUUGUGCUUGGUUUUGUUGGUAAGCCUAGUGUUGUUGCUGUCAACUAAUGAAGGUCUACUGCGUCAAGUGGAGGGUAAAAUAGGAGGAGUUUUGUUGGAAUUGGGAAGUAAAAAGCUACUGGAUAAGGCAGGUCUCCAGAAAAAACAAAUUUUUGUUGGAGGAACCACCAAUGUCAUUAUGCACUACUAUGAAAGAAAUCCCACCAAUGACACCACCAAUGACACAACCAAUGACACCACCAAU